AUGGGGAAACGCAAGCAAAGAUCCAAGCGUUCUUUGGCUAGUCCUCCAAAAGGUCUUGCUAUUCGAGGUGGUACGAACGGAGCCACGAAUCCGUUUGAGAUCACAUCUCGUCACAAGCGACCGAAACACGAAGUGCACAAUCGCAAGAUUCCCACAAAGAAUGUCGCCAAGCCGUCCGCCUUGGCCCAGGCGGUCUCUCGUCGCAGGAAUGCACUCAGUGAAGCUUUGCAGAAGUCAAAGAAGAACAAUACUUUUGCCGAUAAGCGCAUAGGAGAGUACGAUCGGAGCAUGACGUCGGACGAGCAAAAUUUGGCUCGAUUGGUUCGGGAACGGGCUAGGCGUAGCAAACGCUCUACAAAGUUUAGUUUGAAUGACGAGGAUGAGGACGGCGGCCAAACAACCCUUACACACAAAGGAAAAUCCAUCAGUGAUAUGUCUGCUAGAGACCACGUUAUUCUGUCGGAUGAUGACGAAGACGACAUUGGAAACCUAGACGCUGCCGAUACGGCACUGCAUUUCGGCGGCGGAUGCCGGUCGGCCGUCCCAGAUGACGGAUACUACGGUCCUACCGCUGGCGCUCAGGGUAAAGAUAUGUCAAGCAUGUAUAUGACGCGAAAAAUGGAAUUGGAUGAUCUCAUAUUGCGGCGAAAAAUUAAGAAAGCCGAAAGGAUGAAAUCUCGCGAAGAUCAAACCGAAGCCUUUGAGGCCAUGGACGAAUCGUUCGCCGAGCUGUCGAAUAUGCUAUCUUUCCGUGACAAAGAAAAGGAGAUCCGGGAGCAUGUUAAGUCCAAACGUGCUGGCAUGCUUGCACCGGAAGACCAAGAAAUGGAGGACUGGGAUAAGCAAAUGAAACAAUAUCAGUUCAAUGAGAGAAAAGUGAAAGCAACUGAUCGCGUAAAAACACCAGAAGAGAUUGCCAAGGAAGAGGUAGAUCGUUUGCACGAGUUAGAGACCCGUCGCUUAGCUCGCAUGAAUGGUGACUUUGUCGACGAUGACCUUUCGGAUAUUUCCGAUGGUGAGCGGAACCUGCAGAAGCGAAAGACAAGAAAGAGUACCCUAGCUAGUACCGCUGAAGCGUUAGAUGAUUCCGAAGUGGAGGAUGACGCGGAAGAAAAGGUAACAACUCGUUUUACUGCCGACGGCCUUGUGGAAGUCGACAGAAAUGGUGUUGUUGCAAAAAAGGUUAAUGCACCAGAUAAUGACGCUCUGAAUGGUGCGUUUGCAAAAGGAUCAAGAGUUAGCGCUUGCUACCACGCGAAAGAACAGCUCGACGACGAUGCGACCUGGUUCAAUGGGGUUGUUUCGGGUGUCUACGCACGAGACGACGGCUUGGUAGUAUACAACAUCGAAUACGAUGAUGGAGAUUUCGAAGAUGGUGUUGAGCAUCGACAUGUUCGCCCCGCGGAUGAAACGAAAAGUGUUAGGAAGGUGGAGGAAAUAGAAGCAAACAAGCAGGAACAGGAGCUUGAGCUGAAAAGAAAACGCCUACGAGCGAAAGAGAAAGCAAGGGCGGAACUUCCUUUUGUGUUUGAAGUUCCAACAACGUUGGAGGCACUGCAUGAUAUGAUUGGUACAUACGCCUCUACCGGCGCGGAUGCUUCUCUAAUCAUAAAACGAAUUCACGCAUCCAAUUCAGUCAGGUUGGACAGAAGAAAUGCUGAAAAGAUGCAGAACUUUUACGAUGUGGCGAUUCGACGGUUUGUUGCAGUUGGUGAUGCGAUUUAUAGAUCAGGUGAUGGCGAUUCAGAGUUAGGUCGAUUCAAACAGCUCGAUGAGUUGGCCAGGAUCAUGUACACAAUGGCGCAAGACUCGGCUGAAAGUGCAACUGCCGUAUGGGGGCGCCGUUUAGGUGUUUUCCAAAAUGCACACGCCAAGAGACUGCGCGACGCUGAGUUAGAUCGUGAUGAAGACGAUGAGGAUCAGUCUGCGUGGCCGUCGAUUGGAGUUUUCUUAGCCCUCCGUGCGAUCGGUCAUAUCUUUCCAGUGACCGAUCAGCGUCACCAGAUUAUCACUCCCACGCUGCUAAUGCUUGGUCAAAUAGUUUCUCAAACACCUGUUCUUUCCAUAUAUGAUCUUGUUGUCGGAACAAUGUGCUCAGCACUACUAAUUGAGUACACAAAAGCUGCCAAACGUAUUUCACCGGAAGCGAUUGCUUUCAUCGCCGGUGUUUUGCGAAUGUUCGCAUCGGAUUCCUUGAAGCGACAAGGGCCAUAUUCUCUUCCAAGUUUGGAGAAAGCGGUGACGGGAGAGCAAUUUGAUUCAUUUCGAGCCCUUGCUAGUAGCUAUCAAGAGGUGUACCCACCAAAUCUGAGUUUUGAAAGGAUUGGCAUGUUUAGUGCGGAAACACCCGCUGCGCUGCUCUAUGCUGCGCUACAUUUGGUUGAGGUCACCGUGCUUUGCCUUUCGGGCUCAGGCAUCGACGCUGAACGAGAACUUUUUCACACUUUGGCGGAGUGUGUAUUGAACAUUAAACCAUACAGUAAGAAGCACACACUCUGCAAGUGUUUGCAAGAAAAGGCUGCUUCAGCUGCUGAGUGCCUUGAGAAAGCGUGUAAGCUUGAAAAUGCCCGUCCUCCACUGAGGCGCAGAUCGCUACCGACAAUUCGUGACACUAUGAUUAAGUCACUUGCUCCACGUAUCGAGAAUGCUGAAAAAUACUCCAUGUCGAAAGACAAAGGCAAGAAUGCCCCACAAGCCGCUUUGGAUCGCACUCGCCGAGAACUUCGCCGUGAGCACAAGGCUGUUUCUCGCGAGCUGCGGCUGGAUUCUUCUUUCGUGGAGAGGGCUCGGCGCGAGGAACAGACCAAGAAGGAUUCCGCUGCUCAAGCCAAACGUCAGAAGGCUUACGGAUGGCUUGAGAAUGAGCAGGCUACCAUGAACCAAGAAGUGCGGAUGGGAGGCGGCUUGUUGAAGGGUGGUGGUAUGGGAGCUGCAAAAGCGAAGGCGGCUACUGGGAAACUAGGCAUGAAAAAGGGCGGCAAACUAAAGCGGUAG